UCCAUUUCCUUGUAAAACACUAAUCUGUAUGCGGUUAUUAAAUUUACGCGCACCAUUAUAUUUAUAUAAAUAAGACAAAAUAAUAAUUAGAAUUUUUUAAAUAAAAACUGUAACAGUGGCUAUAUUUUCUUUGACUUCGUUUUAAGAAUAAAAACAAAUUAAUUUUGUUUGCAUUUGGAACAAAUGAUCAUGUUUCCGUAAACAUAACACGAGCGUAUUUUUUAAAAGGCAAUUUAUUAUAGAUUAAUAACGGUCAAUAUCACAGAUGCCGUACAUUUUGGUUCAAGGCAAUCUUUCAUCUUACACUGAUACAUAUCCUUGGAAAGUACUUGUUUCUGGUUUAAAAGCAACAGACAUAGAACAAUUAAAUCGCUUUACAUAUGGAGGAUAUUGCGAUGAUUCAACAAUUGUAUAUUUACAACAUCCUUGCGUUAUUUUAACAGCCCUUGAAGUUUUGGGAUAUAAAGUUGUUGCAUCUUCCAGUACUAGCGUUAAAAAAGAUUAUAAUGAAUAUAUGUGGACUAUGAGAAAAGAUUUUUCAGAACCAGAACCUGAUGCUGUAAUUAAAGCAGAACUCAAAAAUAAUGAGGUCUGAAUGAAAGAAUGCAGUAAAAUAGAAAUUAAAAUGUCUAUAAAGUCAACAGAAAUAUUUGGAAAUGAAAGUUAUUACUAUAUUGCUAUAAAGGGUUCACCCUUUGCAAUGGAUUGC